AUGGGUGCACUGCGUAGCAACAAAUGGAAGCCGCAAGCCAAGCACGUGUUCAUCACCGGCGGCUCGCAGGGACUCGGCCUGGCGGUCGCCGAACUGCUUGCUUCCAAGGGCGCCCACAUCACCAUCUGCAGCAGAACCGAAUCCAAGCUCCGGGAAGCGGUGCGAAAAGUCAAGGCAGCAGCCAAAUCGGACCAGCAGAAGAUCGAAUAUGUCGCAGCCGACGUUUCCACGUUUGAAGGUGCCAAGAGGGCAAUCGAAUCGUGUAGCGUCGUACCUGAUACCGUGUUCUGCUGUGCCGGUGGGGCUAAGCCUGGCUUCUUCCUCAAUCAGACCGAAAGCGACUUCGAACAGGGUAUGAAGACUGACUACUGGACCUGUCUCGCUACCGCACAUGCAGCGGCAAAUGCUAUGGCGCGCACCAACGUUGUUAACGGCAAGAUCGUACUUGUCAGCUCAACGCUCGGGCUCAUGGGUCUGGUCGGCUACUCACAGUAUGGACCCAUGAAGCACGCUAUCAGAGGACUGGCCGAGUCGCUGCGAUCGGAGUUGAUCCUCUACGACAUCUCUGUACACGCCUACUUCCCCGGAACCAUCUUCUCGCCUGGGUUGGAGGAAGAGAACAAGACCAAGCCCGAAAUCACGCGCGAGAUCGAAGGCACAGAGGAGGGUUUGACGCCGGCACAGUGCGCCAAGGGUCUCAUCAAGGGCAUUGAGCGGGAUCACUUUUUCAUCACGACCGACUUCAGCACUGAACUGUUCCGCGCAGCAGCGCUAGGUGCCGGGCCGACCAACCGCGGUGUAGUUGACCGAGUGAUUGCGCUCGUUUCGUGGGUCGCCAUCCCCGUCUGGCGUUCAUUGAUCGCCGAUAGAGCGAUCAAGAAGCACCGCAAACAACACCAAGCGUCGCUCGUGCCUCAGUCCAAGUAA